UGAAGACCCCUCAGAAAUCAAAUAUGGCGGCGUCCAUACGGAUGUGUUGUGCCCUCCGCAUCACACUCGGAGGUGCUGCACCACUUCGUACCUUAGCGGGAGUUCAUCCGGUGUCACAGGCAGUGACCCGAGCCUCAGCUGUUUCUCUCCAAAGAAACCCUGCACCUCCACUCGUUCCCCCAACAGCUUGGCAGCAAACCAGGCAUGGCAGCUUCUUCAAUAAAUUGACAGCUGAUGACUUAUGGAGAGGUGUGUUGGCAGAGAUGGGUGCAGGAGCCAGGAAGGGCAGAGGAAAGCGAACCAAACGCAAAAUGAAAAGAGACCUGAACCGAGGACAAAUCCUUGGAGAAGGUCGUGGAGGUUAUCUGUGGCCCGGUUUGAACGCUCCAGUGCUGAAGGAUGGGAAUCCUCAAGCCAUGGGUCGAAGAGGCGAGACUGAGCAGCAAGAGGUGCAGGCUGAACUAGUGCGUCAGAGGGACGAUUGGGAGAAAAGGAGGAAGAUGAGGAUCAAGCGAGAGAGAGGAUGGACAGGAAGCUCCUGGGGAGGUAUCAGCCUGGGGCCCCCUGACCCCGGACCCAAUGGAGAGACUUAUGAAGACUUUGAUUCUCGUGUCAUUGAGGUGAAGAAUGUGUUCAACAUGACUGCCAAGGAGGGCAGGAAGAGGUCUGUCAGCUGUUUGGUUGCUGUAGGAAACGGGAAUGGAGCUGCAGGUUUUGCAUUGGGUAAAGCAGCAGACAGAACAACAGCUUUAAGGAAGGCCAAGAACCGAGCAAUCCACUACUUGUACUACAUAGAGCGAUACAACAACAGAACCAUUUACCAUGAUAUUGAGUCAAAGUUCAAGAGGACGACGCUCCGCAUGAAGAAACAAAGCGAAGGUUAUGGUCUGCACUGUCACCGGGCAGUCAUCACUCUGUGUAAGCUGAUUGGCAUUCGGGACAUGUACUGCAAAGUGGACGGAUCUAUCAAUCUGCUCAACAUCACCAAGGCGCUCUUCUGUGGAUUAGCCACACAGGAAACUCACCAGGCUAUGGCUAACAAAAAGAAGCUCCACGUUGUCGAGUUCCAGUCGCAUCAAGGUGUUCUGCCAGUGGUUGUGGCGAACCCUAAGGGUGGAGCACGACCUGACCCUGAGCCUGAAAACGAGAUCCCAGACACAAAACUGAACUGGGAUGAAGUGAAAGCCACACAGGGAGGCAAAGGCUCAAUCUGGGUGGGUGUCAAACGCACCUCCUGGUAGUGUGGGAGUGGACCGAUGACAGAAUCAGAACACAGGACAAAUGAAUGGACUCAUAGAGACCACGAGAUUCAGAGGGACAGUCUCACUUUUAGCUUUGAUGAAACAAAACAUGAAUAAAGGUGGAUUAUGACCCCUUUGUCCUCAAGAGGAGUAUCAUUUUUGUUCAAAUCUGGUAGAUUCUGAUUAUUUUAUUAUCUGAGGAAUAAAAUUUGUCAAACUGUAGAAAUCUCCACUGCAAACAUCAUGUUCCAGAUAUAUCCAGUGAAGGUCGGUGUUGACAUAGUAAAGUAUUUAUGUCUCAGAUAUCUCAAGCAUCUUUAAAAUUACAAAAUAAAGUGUCCUCUACUUGCUUAUCCAUGUGACUGUUGCAAACUUUUCAAUAAAGUAAUAAAGCAGA